AUGAGUCAGUUUGCGCACGGAAUCCGGUACUUUGAUGCGACAUCGCUCGCAGAGACGGCGACGCCACUGACGCCGAUGGCCACGCACGUCCUCGGCGUGCCGCACGCGACCGCCGCCUCGCUCGUCGCCCACCUCCAGUCGAUCAUCUGGCUCACGUAUCGGCGCGACUUUGUGCAGAUGGUGCCGUACGAGUUUACGAGCGACGCGGGCUGGGGCUGCAUGCUGCGGACGGCGCAGAUGAUGCUCUGUGAGGCGCUCCUGCGGAACCUUCCGCGCCAUCGCGAGGCUCGUUUCAUGUGGUCCGACACGCAACCGCUCGCACCCGACGUUGUGCACGUGCUCCAGUCGUUUGUGGAUGCGCCAACGGCCGACUGCGCGUUCGCGAUCCAUCACAUGGUGGCUGUUGGCAUGAAGUACGACAUGCUUCCCGGCGAAUGGUACGGCCCGACGACAGCGGCCCAGGUACUGCGAGACCUCGUGAAUGCACCGAUCAACAGCAACAACUGCAACAUGUGCAUGUACGUGCCGCAAGACGGUGUUAUCUACACGGAGGAAAUCAACAAGCUCUGCGUGACGGCAUGGGCGCAGCCCGUCAUUGCGACGGCCACCGACGUACUCUAUGACCCACUUCUAAACCCACCAACGAUUGACACAUCGGCUGCGUGGUCCAAGUCGGUGUUCAUUCUGGUGCCAUUGCGUCUUGGCCUCGACAAGCUCAACGAGACGUACAUCCCAGCGCUCACUGAGGUGUUUGAGCUGCCGCAGUCUCUCGGCAUCAUUGGCGGAAAGCGCGGCCACUCGGUCUACUUCGUCGGCGCUCGAGGUCAUCAAUUCCACAUUUUGGACCCCCACACGGUGCACCCGACGACAGAAGUUGAUGCUUCGUUCCCGACUGCGACGCACGCUCGAACGGUGCACUCGACAGAUCAUUUGGUCAUGGAAGUCGACUACAUUGAUCCAUCGCUUGCAGUCGGCUUCUACUGCCGUGACCGCGCCGACUACGUGGACUUGUGCCGCCGGCUCGCCGCCAUGGCCCGUGGCAAGACGUGUCCUAUCACAGUGGCGGAUGCCAAGCCUGACUACACGAACGAUGUCGAGUUGCAUUCCGUCUCGGGCGAGUCCACAGGUGGCGACAAUGACCUGAGCGAUGAAGACGACUACGUGCUCAUUUGA